AUGACGCGACCCGCGACGACGAUCGCGCAGCUGAUGCUGAUACGCGCGUGCCACAGCGAGGCGCUCCGCCGCCACAGCCUCGGCACCGCGCUCGGCUUGCGCACGCGGCGCGGAAGGCUGACGGACGUCCCCGCUAUAGUCGUCUUCGUUUCAAGAAAGGUGCACGAGGAGUGGCUGCUGCCGGCGCAGAAGCUUCCGAGGAAGUUGCAGGGGCUGGGCGGGUACGAGUGUGACGUGGACGUGGUGGAGCUGACCAAUCAGAGAAGCGGCUGCAGGAGCAGCAGCAGCCCGGGCGCUGCAGGCCACGUGGCAGGUGACGCGGGUGACGUGGCAGGCACGGUGGGAGUAGCCGCAGAGGCAGCUAUUAUAGAUAACCCGCUGGUGGAGCAGCUGAGGGGGAGUGGCAGUAAGAUCGGGCCGGGGUCGCAGAUUGCAAGCGAGGAGGUGUAUGGAACGCUGGGAGCGAUUGUUAAAAAAGCCAGCCGGAGCAACAGCAGUGGCAGCGGCAGCGGUGGCGGUGGCGGCGGCGGUGGCCAUGGGAGGACGAGCGGCACUGGUGGGAUGAGCAGCAGUCUUGGUGGGAGCAGUGGUUACCUUGGGGUGGGGUUUCUGGCGAGUCGCCACGUGGCAGUUGAUUUGGACCAGCCGAAGCAGAAGCUCUUUCACCCCCUGCCUGUGUCGCUUGGUCCGGGGAGGUUCUUAGGCUCGGUGGAACGAGCCUUGCCGUUUGCUUCGGACCACGCGUGGUUCGGCGUGUUCGCCAACAUGAACCCAGACUCGUUUGUGCGCACGGACGGCGCAUACAUUCCCUUCCACGAGGAGUUUGACUUAUCGGUCGUGACAACGCAAGUGGCGGGAAUCGGCCCCGUUGGUCCGCCCCGCCGCGUCAACCUAUCAGACGACAUCCGUAGUGUGGUGGGACAGCACGUGUGGAAGGUGGGCAGCGCCUCAGGCCUAACCCAGGGCACCAUAGCAGCCUACGCGGUGGAACGCAGCGAGGGGGACGGUACAUCCCUCUUUACAGACCUCCUCAUAGUGGGUCGACACGGCUGUGCGUUUGACACCCCUGUCCUUGUCUCCCCUCGCUCCUCAUUCCUUCAGGUGGGCAGCGCCUCAGGGCUAACCCAGGGCACCAUAGCAGCAUACGCGGUGGAGCACAGCGAGGGGGGCGGUACCUCCCUCUUUACAGACCUCCUCAUAGUGGGUCGACACGGCCACGCGUUUGACACUCAAGGGGACUCGGGCGCUCUCGUGCUCAUGCUCCCCACAGCUGCCCAUUCACCAGCCCAGUGCAGCAGUGCAGUUGACCUCGCCCGCCUGCUCUCCCUGCUGGAUCUUGAGAUGGUUACCACUGAUGGCGAAUUGAGAGGUGAGGUGGUUACCACUGAUGGCGAAUUGAGAUGUGAGAUGGUUGCCACUGAUGACGAACUGGUAGAGUUCGCUCCAAGGCAGCGCCUGCUCCGCACACCUGGUAACAAUUCUCCUACUCCGGGGCCUGGUGCUCGUGGUUCUGCUGAUGAAGUCGGAAGGGGGGAGAGAGGGAGAGGGGGGGAGAUUGCGGAACUAGAGAAGAGAGAGGAAGAGGAAGGGAAGGAGGGAGCGGAAGAGAGCGUGGGAAAGAGGCAAUGA